GACGAAAUUGUGUCUCGGCGUUUUAUCGGCGCUUAUCGCCUGCUUAUCGCCUGUAUUAUGAUGAUUGUUAGUUACAUUCUUAUCACUCUUUGACGUCAUGAUGUUCCCUCAAACUUACUGAUUCAAUCGUUAAUCUUUAUUGUGACAGACAAUCAACACAAAUGUAACGGUAAAGUCAGUCUCCUGGCAGAUAACCGGCUCCGUUGACCUGCUAUCCCCUAAGUGAGUCGUGAGAAGUGGGCAGGGAAGGGGAUUACCCAAGUGCCAACGCCAUACCCGACUCGCCGUGGUUAUCUGCGUGGCCUCGAUGGCAGUGCGAGUGCCACUGCGGCGUCACUGAGUUGCGUGUGUUCGGAGGGGAUGUCCCGAGUGAAGCGAGGCACAGCGAAGUAAGGCCGAGAUCCUGAAAACGUGGUCGCUGGUUCCACCUCUGACUUCUGACGGAGAGGGAAGCCGACUUCCCCCGGCGUCCUCCCUUGAUAUGCCGAACUACAGAUGACUGAGACAGGAAUGGCCCGGGAGGAGCAGAAGGGACUUGCGGCCGACUCGCCAAGUCUUACGCGACCGCCCUGGACAGUCAGCAGCCAUCAACAUCGCUAACACGCCCUUCGCCUGAUCCGCUUCCAGAAGCCGAUUUCUAAAUUCGUUUUGAAAGAAGGCAAAUGAGGAAGAUGACCCAAGUGUAUCCAGUCACCUUCGGAGGCGGUGAUUCCAGCUGAAGUGACUGAACUGGGAAGCAAAUAUGCUUGUUUCAGACUACCCCGGGCCGAGGGGCGUCGGGGACACGCUCCUCAAGGGCCACGGCAACAGCAGCGUGGAUCCUCGUAUCUCCCAGACGAGGUUCGUGGCCUACAGCGUCAUCGCUCCCGUCAUCAUCAUCGUCGGGAUAUUGGGCAACAUCCUGACGAUCCUGCUGCUGAGGAAGCCGCAGUUCAGAGGCGUGACCUACACGUACUUCCUGGCCCUGGCCGUCAGCGACCUGCUGUCCCUCUUCUUCUCCAUCUCAAUCAUCGUCCACCUCGUGCAGGUGGCGACUCGCGCGUACUCGACGGCUGUGUGGUACUCCUACUUCGAAGUCCUUUUCGCCAACGCCCCAAUGAGCGCGUCGGUGCUGAUCGUCGUGUGCGUGACCGUGGAUCGGUUCUUCUCCGUGUGCCGCCCGCAGGACUUCAAGGGCAUCCACACGAUGCGCAAUGCCAGGAAGGGCAUCGCCGGUGCCGUCGUCGUGGCCCUCCUCAUGUGGCUGCCCACGUGCACGUUCAAGCAGCCCCUGGAGCACGACGCAUGCAACACCACGUUCUUCGAGCCGCCAGACAACGGCACGUGGUGGGUGGCGUGCAUGAUGCCCACCCUCGACCAGCCCUGGUACGUGGGCUACCUCUGGACCAGGCAGACCGUGGUGUCCUUCGUGCCCAUCGUCGCCUUGGUGGUGAUGAACGUCCUCAUCGUGAAGGAGUACGUCCAGAUCAGGGAAAGACGGCGCGAACUGGACGCCGACUCGUCCAGGGAUCCGGCGGCAGCCGAAGGAAGGCGGAAGGACGAUAAGAACCUGAUAAACCUUCUGCGAGCCGUCAUCAUCUCGUUCUUCGUGACGCUGGUGCCUGCGGGAGUCUUCAACUCCAUGUAUAGUGAAACGCUUUCAACGGAGCUGGAAUACGAGAUCUUUCGGGCCGUCGCGAACGAUCUUGAGAUUCUGAACCACGCGCUCAACUUCUACCUGUACAUCGUGUGCAGCAAGCCCAUUCGGGCGGCCAUCCGGGAACACUUCCAGGUCUACCGCCGCUCGUGGGAGGAGUCUCACGUGUCGAAGGCGCUGGUUCUGCUCACAAGCGACAGGUCCGGAGUUUUUUCGCCCACGUCAGCCACCCAAGCCGACGCGGGCGCGGGUCGAGGCGGCGACGGCGGAAGGUUCAACCAGAGCAGAGAGACGGCCUUGUCCAAGGGGACUGGACCUAGCGACUUUGAGUCGUCGUCAGAAGCCUCUCACUGCGACGACUCUCCCGCAAAGGAGAUAAUGUCCGCGAGCCUUGAAGACGGCAUACAAAUAGGUCAUGGGCGCCCCCAGCCCAGCGAGGCAGGACCAGUGACCAAGGACCUCUGCGAAGCUCCGGUAAUUUAUCAAAGAAACGGCAGCGUCCCCAAAGGGCGAAGUCAGCUGCAGACAGUCGUGCACACCGUCGAGAUACAUCACGUGCGGGAGAGCUCGCCAUCGCAGUGGCGGCCAGGAGUCGCCGUUGGCCAGGUCAACGCUGCUUUCGAGGACAGCGAUGCAUCGUCGACAGGAAGCAGCAACAGCACCCUCAUCAAUGCGCCUGUGGGUGCAAGUGUGGGAAACGGCGAGGCCAGGACUUUCCCGGAAGUGUUGAUAUAAAAGCUUCAUAAUACGAAAUUAUCUUGUAAACUGAAACUACUUCAUUUUCAGAUGGGUUCAUUUGGUUCUCAACCUUGCUCCUGACUCAGAGUGGGGGUACACUGUUGCUCUCGCCUUUAGAGCUCACCAUUAAAUAUAUAAUCAGUGUUGUGCUGUGAUCUAAACUACACGCCUUGCAAUGAUUCUCUUCAUCUAAGGUUCCGUAGUGAGAUUGGGAACAAUGUAGUUAUUUGAAAUUUGAUAGUACAAAGCCAAAGGUUCCAUUACUACUCACAAGUGGAAAUCACACCAGUUUCAUCACAUAUGACGCCUUAUUUAUUGAACUCAAACGUAACAUUAAAUGUGAAUACGAGACUAUCAACCCAACUCUCCAUGAGAUGAGUGGCUGGAGUUAUGUGCUAAGUUAUCUUCCGAAUCUGCUCUCUGAAAAAGAGAAAUAUCUAACAAUACGCGGUAAAAAAAAAAAAAAAAAAAAAAAAAAUCCCCGAUGAGUUCACUCGGGGGAUCUGUUAUCAGGUAUUUAUGUAUAUUUAAUUUAAAAAAUAGCAAUUGAUAGUACAUCAAAAUAUGAUCCUUGCGUACCUUUU